CUCCAGGCUGCAAGGAUGGAGCUUUUCUUCCUUCACUAUCCCUUUACCUGUCUGCUCAUUGCCUUUCUAGUCCUCUACCAGGUGAAACCUGCAUUCAGAUUCUUCUGCAAGAUGACCUUCUAUAAGUUGUGGCUCUUCACCAUAAGCAUUGGGGUUGCCAUCCUCAGUAUUCCUCGUGGACGUAACGUGGACAAUAUGAUUUUUUUGCGCGCAUUGAUCCAGCCACUCAAAUACAUCUUUGGCAUUCAGAUUGUGGUGAAGGGAAAGGAGAACCUCAGGACUAAGAAACCUUUUGUCUUGGUGCUGAAUCACCAGACCUCCCUUGACAUCCUGGUGAUGUUGGAGGUGUUGCCGAGGCGCUGUGCGCCCAUUGCAAAGAAGGAGAUCCUGUACAUGGGCACAUUUGGCCUGGCCUGCUGGCUCGCAGGAGUCAUCUUCAUUGACCGCAAGAGGAGAGAAGAGUCCAUUGACACCCUGACAGAAGUGGCACACUCCCUACACAAGGACAACUUGCGUGUCUUGAUCUUCCCUGAAGGAACUCGCAACCAUGGUGGCUCCAUGUUGCCCUUCAAACGUGGGGCCUUCCAGCUGGCUGUGAAAGCCCAGGUCCCCAUUAUUCCUGUAGUGUUGUCUUCCUACAACAGCUUCUACAACCAGAAGGAGAAGAAAUUUACACCAGGAAAGAUGAUCAUCCAGAUCCUGCCAGAAGUGGAGACGCUGGGCCUAGGCCCAGAUGAUGUUCCCAAGCUGACGGAGCAGGUUCGUGACUCCAUGCUCUCCACCUACCAGGGGAUAUCGGGAAUGAUGAAUGGAGCUUCCCAUUAGUGAUCCCAUCUUCCAGCUCCUGCAGUGUGUGCCACAGCUGAGAGGAGCCCAUGGCAACCACAUGAAGUUUUGGCAGCAGAGACAACUGUGAUUGCAACACUGAUAUACCAGAGACAGGCAAAACAUCCACCAGGGAGAGAAGCUUCCAAGGGGAAGGUUGCUGUGUUCCUCCCAGACAACUGUGCCACCCAUGGGGACAGACACACAAUGGACAGCUGGACAUUUCUGUGUAAUCAUAUUGCUGAGAAUGUCCCACCAGCUGGACCCCAGGCAGAGCUGUGCCCUUCCUGAGAUCAUCACUGCCUGCUUAUAACCACCUUUCCCUGCUCAAAUCCAAUAAGGUGAAGGCAUUGAUCCCAAGCC